AUGUUCUUCUCAGACGACCUGCUGACAGGCAAGAAGGGCAGUCUGGGUGUCAUCUGGCUCAUGGCCACACUCGGCCCGCGCAACAAGCGUAUAAACCGCAAGACACUCGCGGCCGUUGAGAUUAGCCGCUCGUGCGAGAUCAUUGCCGAGCCUCCUGAGCCCAUGGCCCUGCGUCUCAGUGGACACCUACUUGUCGGUGUCACUCGUCUCUAUCACCAGAGCUAUGAGACGUUUUACUCGGACGUUCAGAACUUCGACGCUACGCUUCGUCGCUCCAUCGAGACUAAGCUCAAGACCACUGCCAAUGGACGCACCAUUGCAGUGACUUCGGGAGGCAUCGACCUUCCCAAUGGAGGCAAAAGCCGCCUUGAUCAGAUCACCUUCCCCACACUCGAUGACACUGAAUUUGUCAACUUCGACUUUGAGUUUGGACACAUUAACUGGGCCAACCCACUCGUCUCCUCCCGCAAGCGCCGCGCGAGCUCCAAGCUGUCUUCCCUCCUUGCUGAUGGCGACGAAGAGCAGUCCGAGCGCAGUGACCAGAGUGACGAGGACGAGCUCGUCGUGCGCAAGCGCAAGCGCACGGACACCCCGCAGUUCCGCUACUCGGCCACUCCCCAGCCCAGGUUCGGCGACGGCGGUUUCCAGGUGGACGAUGUCAUCGACAGCCAGGACAACAUGAACUACGAACCCAUCGACCUGGGCAUUCUCGACACCCUCGACGGGUUUGGUAACAGCGACGGUCCCAGCGACCCUUCCAACCGCCCCAUGGACGACAUGGGCGACAUUUUCAUGGGCAACGAUUUUAACGCCAACCCCAACAUGGAUUUUGGCGGCGAGAUUCAACCCAUCGAGGAGGCCCAGCCCGCCGCUAAAGAGCUUCAACCUGAAGCUGACAAGGAUGGCAAGAAACGCUCUGCCAACAACGACUCUGAGUCUGACGUGGAGGAGGUGAUUGCUCCCGACGUCAAGAAGAAACGCGUCAGGAAGAUCAAGGCGAGCCUUGAGGUUGGCGUUGCAGACACUCAAGACUAUGAAGAGGCCAUGGCCGAGCAGCGUGCCGAAGCGGCCUCCAAGAAGAAGGAGCAGCUCGCACAGGUCAAAGCUACUGCCAUGGUGGACGGUGCCGGUCUCUGGCUCGAGUUCACCGACCCGGGAAUGUCUGGUUUCUUCAGUACCAUCAGCAAGGUCGACAAGUUCAAGUGGGAGCUUGACGUCAGUGACCACCGCAGUGGCAAGAAGAAGGACUCGGACAAGCCCGAGGAUAUCAUCGAGGACGACCCAUCGGCUGCUAUCAGGGAGUUCGAGCCGGACAUGAACAUGGACAUUGGCAACCCGGAGGGUUUCCAAAUGCCAGAUCAAGACUUCAAUCUCCAGCAGGACCUCAACUUCCAGCUUCAGGACCAUGUCAACACCGAGGCUGACGUCGAGCAGGUGGUUCCUCGCGUCAACAAUGGACUUCCUUGGGAUGACCCAGCCCUCGACGACCACAGCCUUGACCUCCCUCUCGACAUGGGCGCUAGCGUCACUCCCAGUAGCCGUCGCUUCAGCGUCAUGACUCCUCUGGAAGCUCGACUCCGUUCCGUGAGCGCCUCAAAGCAGGACAAGGCGCGGGGCAACCGCCGUUCGCGCUCCGGCUCUCUCGCGAGCAACAUGCACAUGAACGAGGACUUGAUGCUUACGGGCGACGAUAAUGAGCUGCCGCUCGAGGAACUCGACCUGGAGGAGCUCGACGGACAGCGUCCGCACCCCGCCGACGCGUUCAGCCCCGCCAUGCUCGCCACCCUCGACAGUCAAUGUCGCCACUUCUUCAGUUACCUCGAGACCCGCAUGGUCGAGGCCCAGACCGACGAGAUUGAGCUCACACACAUCCUCCCUGCGGGCGCGACCAAGCGCGUCGCCGCGGCGGCGUUUUACAACUGCCUCAACCUUGCCACGAAGCGUAUCCUGAGCCUGUCGCAGGACGAGCACUGUGGUCCCAUCGGCAUCCGCAUCGCCGCGACGGCUUAA